GUCGCCAGAGCAGCACCAGCGACCAUGGUGAAGGCACGCAAAAUCGUCCUCGCCAGAAGCUUCCAGGGAGAACCUCGACCGGAGGAUUUUCGCGUCGAGGAGGAGGACCUGCCAUCCCUCAAGGAUGGACAAAUCCUAGCUGAGGCAGUCUACUUUAGCGUUGAUCCCUUCCAGAGGGUUAUCGGAGGCACGGAGAAAUACGGACAGAAAGUGGGAGACACCAUGAUCGCGGCCCAGGUAGCGCGGAUUGUGGAGAGCCGGGCUGCAGGUUUCCCAGUGGGGCGACACAUCGUGGCCUACUGGGGGUGGCGCGACCGCACAGUGGCUGAUGUGGGGCCAGACGUGCCGCCCCCCGUCGUCCUGUCGCCGCCCAUGCUGGUGCCAGACCUGGGGGAUCUGCCAGUAUCCCUGUCCUUGGGAGUGCUCGGUAUGCCUGGAAUCAGCGGCUACUUCCCGCUGCUGGAGGUCUGCCAGCCCAAGGCGGGAGAGGUGGUCGUGGUCAGUGGCGCUGCGGGGGCUGUGGGCAGCAUAGUGGGGCAGAUAGCGCUCAUCAAGGGCUGCACUGUCAUCGGCUUCGCUGGAUCUGACGCUAAGGUGAAAUGGCUGAAGGAGGAGCUGGGCUUCCACCACGCUUUUAACUACAAGACGACAGACGUGUCCACCGCCCUGAAGCAGGCUGCACCAGAUGGUGUCGACGUGUACUUCGACAACGUGGGGGGCGACAUGAGCACUAAGGUCAUCAGCCAUAUGCGCUACCGUGGUCGUAUCACUGUUAUCGGCGGCAUCUCUCAGUACAAUGAAUCUCAGUCCCAAAAGUUGGUCACCCUGCCGUUCACAUUUCUUGCCAACCAACUUCGCCUUGAGGGCUGCUCCUAUACUCGGUGGCACGACCGCUGGGACGAGGGAAUCACCCAACUGCAGCAGUGGGUAAAAGAGGGGAAACUCAAGUAUAGGGAAACUGUGAGCCACGGCUUUGCCAAUACUCCCAAAGCCUUCAUCGGUAUGCUGAGAGGUGAGAACUUUGGGAAAGCUGUUGUCAAAUUGUGAACACUCCUCAACUAUCAAAAAUGGAAAAGUUUUGUUCGAUUUAAUUCAAAUGUUCACAUCUUUAAUGUGUGUGUUAUAAAAAAUGUUAGCAAGUAUAAAAGUUGUUAGUAAGAUGUUCGAAGCGUUUUUGGCUGAUUUAUUUCAAAUUUUUACGCUAUUCUCUAAUAAAUGUUUUUAAAGACAUA